CAUAUUGGCAACGUUAAAAAUUUUAGGCGACCGGGUCUUUAGUUUACAGCUAUAUUCGUGUGUCAGUCAGUUCUGCUUUACACCGUGCCUGGUUAACUAUAAGAAUAAGUUCGUGGUCUUUAAGAAUGAGCGGAAGUAACCCAAACAGCGUUAUUAAACUGAGCGUUGGCGGUCACCACUAUACAACAACGCUCAAAACAUUAACCAACAAAUGUGCCACUUCAAGCUUGGCAAUGGCGGCAAAAAGCUUCCAACAAAACGACUUAAAAUUGGACAUGGAAGGCUACGUACGUGACGAAGACGACCGGUUGUUUGUGGACCGCGACGGUGAAAACUUUCGCUAUAUUUUGGACUAUUUAAGAGGAAAAGGCGAUCUUAGUCUUCAUAAGCUUGUACCGGAUGCCGCAGUUCGGUACAGGCUUCGUCUUGAUGCUGAGUUUUAUGGACUUGAGGAUUUGGUUAAAGAACUCGGCAAGCUUGAGAUUACGAUAUGUCGCACCGAGUCUUCUGACGACACUGUGCCUCAAUUCCUGAAAUCGGAUUCAGUAAGCCCGAACAGAGUAGUCAAGCGAUUCGUCUCUAAACGGUGGCCACCUCCGUCGGCUGCUUCGGCGCCUUCUUUGACCAUAGGAGGAAACGGGACUGACAUUUGUUAUGAAAGGCAGAACCGUUUAAAGACUGACCUUUGGGAGAAAGGUCCCUUCUUUAUCACCAUCGGUUAUAGAGGUUCAUACACUUCAACCAGCGAUGGACGAUCAACUGACAUUUCAAAAUUUCGACGAAUAACAAGAAUUACAGUCUCAGGAAGAUCCGACGUUGCUAAAGAGGUCUUCCAGCAGGAAUUGAACGAUAGUCGAGACCCCGAGCGCCACCCAUCGGAAGGUUAUACUUGCCGUUACUACCUAACCCACAAUUACUUGGAGCUUGCGUUUGAAAAGCUGGCGAGCCGAGGUUUUAAGUUGGUGACGUCCUCUUCCAGCGGAACCAAAUCUCUCCCCUCUUUAUCAAAGGAGUUUAAGCAGUGGACCACCUACAACGAGUAUUUGUUUUAUAGAGGACUUAGCGAAGAGGACGGUCCUCUUGAUUAGAAUUCUUACCGUGUGUAUAAACAUCUGAAUAUUUGAAACCGAUCUUGUUAAAAUCUAACCGGUAUAACACAGAACGUAUAAGUACUGUGGGGUAAGAUGACCAUUAGCACAUAAUAUUCAAAUAUUCUGGUCGUGUUUUAAACCAAUAACAACAGUCUAUGGGAGUCAUUAGAAUACGGUUUUAUAAUUCUUUGAAUGUUCUUUGUUUACUUCCGAAUAGGACGAGAAAGCACAAUAAAAGAUGUCCCUUCCCUCUCCCUACUAUAUAUAUAUAUAGUAGACAAGAGUACCUACCUGACCUUACGACUGCUGAUAUAUUACUACACGAAUAUUGCAAGGCUAUCGAUUGAACAGACCACUAAAUGUGCUAAGCCUUGCCUUACAAGCUGUUCGUGGUUUAACUUAUUAGCUGUGGGGUGGCACGUUUAACAAUUAUAAUACCACCCGCACAAUAAUGCUUGCCACUAUGACGUACAAGAAUCAAUAAGAGCUAGCUAUUUUGGUCACAGGUCAACCGGAAAUGUAAUUUUGAAUCAAUUAAAAACAACGUGUACAGUAUAAUUUGCAAUGGCACUUUGUCAAAUAAGCGCCGUAUACGGAAUCCAGCUGCCACAUAUAAACUGUAUUAUCUUAUAGCGCAAUAUUUGUACAUAGGUGUACUGUGUAAACGUUGCAAUUAGUUAAAACCUAAAGCUGUGCUUUGUAUAACGAAUGAUUCCAUUAUAUUCUGUGUUCUUACGCUAUUCUGUAUACAUGACAAGCGUAUAUUUGUUUCAAUAUUGUAUAACAAAAUAAAAUGUAUGAACUACAU